AUGUCGCAUUUGCAAUCCAGCCGGCACAAUUCGGCCCGCUCGGCCGGGUUAUCGAUGGGCUCCAGCGGCACGACGCUAUCUCCCACAACCACCGUGGGACCCACCCCAUAUUCGGGCGACGUCCUGAUGCACACGAUUAGUGCCGGUGACGAGGACAGAAAGCCCGAGGCGUCGCACCUGUAUCCGCUGAGCAGGUCGAAGACGCACCAGGGUUCCGGCACGUACGAGGACCAGGCCGACACCACCAGGACUGUGCCUGCGUACAAGACGGUCCAUCUGGACAAUGUGAUAGACGAGUUCAAGCCUUUGGGCGCGAAGACUGUGUUGCAUAUGGAGAAGAAGCCGCAGCUCGCGAAGAACAACAGCUCUGUGCCCCUCCGGACGACCGCGAACUAUAAACGCAGAGUGUCUUUCGAUACGGUGAAUAUCCAGGUUGCGGAUAACGACGACUAUUUUGGCGACGACGACAGCGACGAUGUGGGAUUGGUGCAGGGCAGAGACCGCUGGAGCCGACGCGAGCAGCUUCUAAACUCUUCGGGCUGGGAUGGGUUCAAAAGCAACGAGCCGUCUGCCGGCUCGAGCUAUCUGGCUUCUCGGGGCCGAUCUCCGCAUCGGGACUCCUCGCCGCACCAGGGCAUGCGUGCAAACUCGUGCGAGCGCAGCCUGUCACCGUCGCACCCGUUUGACAGGCGCAUGGGGUCCGUGUCGCCCAUAAGAAAUAUUAGCAUUGCUGGGGCCCUCACUUCCAGACAGUACCCGACGAGCCCCAUUAUCACGCACGAUGCAUGCACGUUGACCAAGAAGCACAAAGACUUCGACAAGCUGUACCUAAGGCAGCUGGGCUCCAAAAGACCGCUGCUGCCGGACAGGAGUAUCAUGUGCUACAUAUCUGGCCGCAAACAUACGUGGGUGGCUCUGGACUGGUGCUGUAACCGACUGCUGGAAGACGGCGACAGCAUGGUCGUGACGGCGGCCAUCAACCCCAGAUCGCGCUCGCUGUUUGCGCGACGUCUUUCGUGCAGCUCUAACCAGAGCAGAGUCGCCAGCGAAGAGUAUAUCCGGAACUCGCCCGAGUACGCCAAGGUGGUGACCGAGAACAUCAUGAAGUACAUCAUGGCGAUCCUCAACCCCAACAAGGUCCUCAAGAUCACGAUCGAGCUUGCUGUCGGAGGCACCAAGGACGUGCUCAAAGACAUGUACUCGCUGUAUCAGCCGUCGCUGGUGGUGGUUGCUGCGAAGCCGACCAAGGCAGCCUCCACGCGGUCGUGGGUGACGUCGCGGGUGACAGACCGCCUGGUGAAAAAUUUCCACGUUCCUGUCGUGAUCGUGCCGUCGCUGAACAUGGAUCUAUUCGAGAAAAAGCUUUUUGCUGUUUUGAACAAGCGCAUGGACGAACUGCACCAUAACUACGACGACCCGAACUUUGUGGCAGAUCUGGACGACGUGGGCUCGUACAAGCUGAGUGACCAGGAGUCGGCGAUCACCGCGCAGAAGGAGAUGAAGGAGCAGAACACGGACUCGCCGGCGGGCGAGCUCAGACGACUGCAACGCUUGACCAACAUGAAAAUAUACCACGAACUCUCUGACAUUCUGAAACGACCAGACGACGAAAACAAGUAUAAGGACUGGCUCAAGGUCGUCUCUGCUGCUGCAUACCACUACGGCGUGAAUCUUGCCGAGAGCGCAAAAAACGGAGGCGAGAGCGCCAAGCUGGUGCGAACGCUCACGGGAGCGCCAGACCCCACAUACGGCCGUGCACGGUCGAUGCUUCUGGACACCGACCCCGUUACGACGCCAAAGUCUCCACAGGGACCCAAAAUCCCCGCCAUCCAAAUAGACUCGUCUGGUGACUACAGCAGGCCUCGUCAUCAGACGUCUCUCAAGUUCGACAUCAGCCACCCGAAAUAUUAUUCCCAGGACAGCAGUGGGUCCUUGAAAAUGGACCCGCUGCGUCCGACCGUGUCGACGCCGCAGCUGCAGCCGCAGAAGUCGUCCGACUCUGGCGAAAAGGAAAAGAAGGGUUUCUUCAGAAGUCUUUUCAGGAAAAAAUAG